CCUUCCUUCCCUUCUAUACACCUUUGAAAUCUUUAAUUUCUAGCUCUUUCUAGUGUGUUUUUUUUUUUUUUUGGUGGGAAAAAAAAAUGCCGUUUGCAGAGGGGGUGUUUCAGUUGAAUCAAUUCCACUGUCCGGUUUACGAAACCCCUGACGAACAAUGGUCUCUGGUAGAGUUAACCGAACUGGUCAGUCCGAACUCGGGCUCAGAAGGGUCAAGCCGAGCGGUUUAUUCCCCGGAUGAGAGGAAGGAAAGGAGGAGGAUAUCAAACAAGGAGUCAGCCAGGAGGUCCAGAUGGAGAAAGAAGAGGCAUUUGGAGAACCUGACGGAUGAAGUGAACCGGUUGAGUUUAGUGAACCAGAAGCUCAAGAACGAGUUGGGUUUGAUUAUUAAUGAGUGUAAUGCAUUAGGGAGAGAAAACGAUCAGUUGAAAUCCGAAUCCAUUGCUCUCUCCGCCGAACUUUCCAAUCUUUGGCGCAUCUUAGCCGCUAUGCAAUCAAUUAGCAACGUUACUUAUUCAAGCUUAAUGAUCUAAUUAUAACAAUAUCAUUAUAUCGAAGAAAUAAAGCCCUACAGAUCAAUUCAAAACAAAGUGGGGCUAAUAGACCAAAUUAAGAAACAGAUCAUGGGUAGCAUUUUGUAAAGUUUCUUGAGUCUGUCUUUUAGGUCUUUUCUAAUUAGUGGUUGAGGUUUAGACAUGUUUGUGAAGUACUUUUGGACUGAUGUAAAUAGAGGUUCUGUUUUUGGUCAAUGAGUCAAAUGUUGUUUUCAAUUAUUGAAUAUUUGAUAUCUAUCCAUGCAUGACAAGUGUUGGAGGCUUCUUUUCUCUGCCCAAACAAAGGGCAACAGCAGGC